CUACUUUGCUUUCAAGAUGGCGGACAGGCGGCGGCGUAGGAAGCGCGCGUCCCAGGACAGCGAGGAAGAGGAUGAGUCCGGUUCGGGUACCGAAAGCGGAGGCUUCACGAAGGGCAGGUCGGGCGGUCCCGACCCCGCCGUGUCACCCAGCGUCCGCCCGCGCCCGAGAAGCGAGGCCGAAUCGGAGUGUGAGAGUGAAGAUGACAUAGGAGAAGCUGUCCUGACAGACUACGACAGCGCAGAUGCAGAAGAAAAUGGGUCCCAUUCCGAGGGAGACGAGGAGGAGAUAGGAGAGAAAGAGUUUGGGGAUGAAGAGGAAUCCAAGUCGCAGGGUGAAGCCAAAUCUGAGGACAAGGCAUGCGAAGAGCUGCUGGAACAGGUGGGGCCUGAGGACGAUGACGAGGACAACGGAGGCCAAGACAGAGAAGUGAAGGCAGAAGAAAAGAGCAACUUGGCUGGAGAGAGACAGAGCGGGGAUGGACAGGAAAGCACAGAUGACCCUGAAAAUAAGACAGGGAGCAAAGCAAGCAAGAAGCUGGAUGACGACGAGGAUCGCAAGAACCCAGCCUACAUCCCGCGGAAAGGGCUUUUCUUUGAGCACGAUGUGAGAGGACAGGCCCAUGAGGAGGAUAUUCGGCCGAAGGGCCGACAUAGGAAGCUGUGGAAAGACGAGGGCCGCUGGGAACACGAUAAGUUUCGAGAGGAUGAGCAGGCGCCCAAAUCCCGGGAGGAGCUCAUCGCUAUGUAUGGCUAUGACAUCCGCAAUGCCAAUGGCCCAAACGACAGUCGCCUCUAUCGCUCCCGCAAGCCCAGGUAUGGCAGCUCCCCCAGUCGAGACAAACGGUGGCGCAAUGGAGAGAAGCCCAACUGCACAUCCUGGUCCAACAGUGGCAGCAACAGCAAAUCCCUGGCCAAUGUCCCACACUCAUCCUCUCCACCCUCUUCCUCAGUGGCACCCCCCGCCUCGCGAUGUCAUGGUGGUGGCGUGAGAUCUGGCUCACAUUCUCAAUCCCGCAGCUUUUAUAGCAGUCGCCCACCUCAGGCUUCGUACCGCGGUGAAAGCCGCGCAAAUUAUAAAGGUAGUGAAGAGAACCACUCGCAGCAUGCACGCAGGAACUACACGCAGCAUGAUGGGCAUCGGAGCUCUGGGCUGCGUGGCAGGGGUGCCGAGGCUGAGCGCAGCCCCUCGGUGGUGGUGGAAGAAGAGCACUACAAUGAGGAUGACGAGACACUGAAGCAGCAGCAGACCACUUACAACAGCAGUAAGGCCUCCGACAGAACUACUGCUGCUGUCCCUGAGCACUCCCGGCAGCGGGAGGACGAGCCCCCGGAGGCAGCACCUCCUGCUGAUGCAUCUCCUGCUGCCCCCGAGAGGACAGUGGAAAGGAAAUCAUACUCGCUGGCGCGCAGGACUCGUACCAAGCCCUCUGAGUUGGGCAAGCAGGCUUCUCUAGAUGAUCCUGCCCCACAGACCCCAUUUGUACCCCAGGCAGCACCACCUUCUGUGAAGAGUGAUGGCUGGGAAGCCACUGGAGACAGCCCUGCUGUGCAGGGAGGGCUCUCAGGACUCGACCAGGACCUGGCCAGACUUAGCCUGGCUGGACAAAACUGGGCCCAGAGCCCUCCCUCGUACCUGCGUGCUGAGAUGAGGGGGAUCCCUAACUCCAUGCACAUGGGCAGUGGUCCUCCUCCCCAGUAUAACCGCAUAGAAGAAAUGGGUGUUGGGGCCGGCCGAGCCAAGCGGUACUCUUCCCAGAGACAGAGGCCAGUCCCGGAGCCAGCUCCCAUGCACAUCGGCAUCAUGGAGGGCCACUACUAUGAGCCCAUGUCUUUUCAAGGACCAAUCUAUGCACACAGCGACAGCCCCACACCUCUGCCCCCCCAAGGCAUGCUGGUCCAGCCAGAAAUGCACCUCACUCACCCAGGUCACCCUGGGCAUCCAGGUUUACACCCUCAUCAGUCCGGUGCUGCCCUCCCCAACCCUGCAAUGUAUGCAGGCCCCCCUGUCUCCAUGACUCCUGGGCAGCCACCACCCCAGCAGCUCCUGGCACCUCCUUUCUAUCCACCUCCAGGAGUCAUGGCCUUUGGGAAUACCAACUUCACAUACCCUGCUGGAGCUACCCUGCCCCCAAUGUACCCAAACCCGCAGGCGCAGGCCCAGGUAUACGGGGGAGUGACGUAUUAUGACACGGUGCAGCAGCAGGCUCAGCCUAAGCCUUCCCCUCCGCGGCGCUCCUCCCAGCCGGUCACUAUCAAGCCCCCCCCACCUGAGCACUACCUCCAUCCAUCCUUAUCCUGAUUUUGCAAUCAGUUGGUGCAACUUCUGGAUCCGAGGUUGAGAAGAACGGAAAAGACAAAGACAAGAUGAGCUCGUAGCUGAGCGCACGAGGCUAUCUGAGGACCAGCACUGUGUGUGGAAGAAUGUGGUCUUUUUUCAUAGAAAAUGUUGCUUUGUUUCAUGAAGAAUAAAACUUUACAAUAAGGAAACAUAAUAUAUGGAAUUAUGUACUGAACCGUACACUUUGUUUAAAUUGUACUCAAACCUUAUUGUUUUUCCAUUUUUUUUCCAAUUAAUUUUCCCCAUAUCUUGUCCAUGUUGCCUCAGAUGUGGUGGUGGUGUUCACUACAGCGGUCAGCUUUCUGUAUCGCUUCCUGAUGGUCCGUGGUGGUGUGUGUCUGUGUGUGUCCAGCUCAUACGCCUACAGAUUUUUUGUCCAGGACAAAUAUUACCAUGGUAAUGAAACAGUAAUGGUUGUAUAAGAACAUAGUGAGCAGAUGUCAGUAGUGCUGUUAGACGUGCAGGACGGUCUAGCUAGUGUCACAGCAAGGUCACCGCUGUGUCGAGACAUACCAGGUGUGGACGUGCCCAUAACUGCACAUGUUUUUUUGUUGUGUUCGUCUCGUUUGCAGCUGCAGCAAUGCAUGUCAAGCGUGUGUUAAGGUUAGUCUCCAUGUUGUUUGCUCCACUCCAGCUCAGUGCCUGUGCUCAUGAGCUGAGCAGCGCUCGUGUGACAGGGUGGUGUUAAGCCUCUGUUUUGUUUCUCACUUGCACUGAGCAGAGGCGACAGUGGCAUUUGGUUCCACUACCCUACCCCCCCCCCCCCCCCCCCCCAAAUCGUACGUGGUCUGGAUGCUCUUCAGCCGAUAUUCUUGCAUCUGGAAAACUUCCUGCUCAGGCUUCUUUAACCUUCAUUUCAGCCCUUUAUAGUUUGUGGGCCAAACUGGAGGUAAGAGGGUGACUCUCCUGAUUUGUCUGGGAGUUUUAGCUCCUACAGUAGCUGCCAGGCGCAUUGAGUGGCUUUGACCUUCACUUCCUCUCCAUUCUGGGCAGCAGUUCACAUAUUAAAGUUAAAUAAAGCUCAUGUUAACUAAAAUACAGGCACCCGUGUUAGUUUAAAAAUCUCAAUGGUGAUUUCAGUUUUCCGCACAUUCUGCUGUCAACUCCGAAAUGUUUGUCCUGCUGAAAGGCAGCCCUCGCGCUAGACGUGCUGCUCAGCUGUGUGCUUACAGCGCAUGCUUUUGUCCAGAAACACGUUCCACAGAGCGGGCCGACCAGUCAGCGUGUUCCCAACAAGUGUUCAGUACUGUAUCCGUGCUGAUGGUGCUUGCAGAUUUAGUUGAAUAUUGAAUUUAAAUUUACAAAGCUUUUUUUAACAUUACUGUACACUUAACUCAUUUAAAAGACAAAAAUGUUAGAUUGGGCUGUAAAGUUUUCCUGCAAUGAUCCGAUGUCUGUUCUGCAGGGAAGUGUUUUGUACACAAUAUGCAGAAAUUUGUAUGAAAACCUGUGGAACUCAUUCAGGUACAGAAGACAUUGCAGAGGAGAUGCUCUUUCACUCUGAGACAACAACAGAGCUUCUGUUUUUAACUUGAUUUCUGUAACUCUUCAGAGUGCUUUUUCUGCCUUUUAAAAAGCAAUGUCGUCAGCUGGGGGAGUGUGAAACAGCAGACACGUGUGGUGUCGACUGGUUAAGGCACCAAGCAGCUGUAGCACGUGCAUGUUUGACUAAAGACACUUGGAACUGAUUGGUUUGCUGCCUGGAGAGCCGUGGAUGCAAGACUGGGAUGAUUCCUGUGUUCAAUGUCCUUUGUGUGCAGAAAUAUUUCAAAUGUAAAAGUAUUAUUGAUUCACAUUCAUUGUUGCUCUUAAUGUUACGUUUAAAAUGUUGAUCCCUAUAACAAUAAAAAGCAGUGUACUUUA